AUGACCAUCAGUCAGUCAGACCUGUUCCAGUUCAGACAGCCGUCACUCAAGCGCUCUCUGAUGCCCUACUUCCUGUUGACUCAGGCGGUCAGAACCGGGAACCUGUCCAAGUUCAACCAGGUGUUGGAACAGUUCGGGGAGAAGUUCCAGACGGACGGGACGUACACGCUGAUCAUCCGCCUGCGACACAACGUCAUCAAGACCGGCGUGCGUAUGAUCAGCCUGUCGUACUCCCGGAUCUCUCUGGCCGACAUCGCUCAGAAGCUGCAGCUCGACAGCCCGGAGGACGCCGAGUUCAUCGUCGCCAAGGCGAUCCGCGACGGCGUGAUCGAAGCGAGCAUCAACCACGAGAAGGGCUUCGUCCAAUCGAAGGAGACGAUGGACAUCUACGGGACCAGGGAGCCUCAGCUGGCGUUCCACCAGAGGAUCAGCUUCUGCCUGGACAUCCACAACAUGUCUGUGAAGGCCAUGAGGUUUCCUCCAAAAGCCUACAACAAAGACCUGGAGUCAGCAGAGGAGCGUCGGGAACGGGAGCAGCAGGACCUGGAAUUCGCCAAAGAAAUGGCAGAAGAUGAUGACGACAGUUUCCCAUAAUCCUGUGUGUGUGUGUGUGUGUUGGUGGAUUCUUACCCAUGAUGCCCCUCUGCUCCGUCACCUGAACUGUAUUUGUCACGUCUGUCGUUUUUCUGCCCAGAGACAAAAUAAAUGAUGUUUGUUUACA